UUCAUGUCACGCACAGAAGAGGCGCUUGCAGCAGCACCUAAACUCAAGGUUCUUUCUGAGGAGCUUGCCAGUAUUGUGAAAGAAUUGACCGGCCAUCAUCACGUUAUGAUUCAUCAGUUCGACAAGCUCACGGAAAGCCAUGUUAUAGCAGAGGUCGCAGAUCACAAUGUCCCCAAAGCCAAUCGUACAGAACUCCAUGCACGCGCCUUGGAGCUUCCGCGACUUGCGAGAUCGUUGCAUAGCACGAACAGAGUCAGAGCCUUGUAUGAUCGAGACCAAAAACCUCUCCGACUAAUUGGUCGCAGUGGCAUGGACUCAAGAGCGCCUCUUGACCUGACCAAUUCUUACCUCCGCACAAUGUCACCAAUACAUAUGGCAUAUCUGAAAAAUCUAGAUGUUCGUUCGACUAUGUCAGCAACGAUAGGUACAACAGAUAAUGUAUGGGGCCUUAUAGUAUGCUUCUCAUAUGGAUCAUCGGGGAUGCCCACUUCCUUUCAAACCCGCAAAAUCUGUCAGUUUGUGAGCAAAGUUGCGUCCAGGAACCUUGAGAGACUGUUGAAUAAAUCACGCCUACAAAAUUGGGACAAAAUCAUUGGGGCCUUUACGUCAGAUCAAUUGUAUCAACACGUGGAAACACCGCAUCAGCUAGAUCGACAACGGCCACGCACGUCACCAGCAAACCUUCUACGGGUUUUCCGUGCCGAUUUCGCAAUCCUGUCUACUGGGGAGCAAACCAGAAUAAUUGGUCAGAUCGAGCGACUUCCCGAAGCUCUAGUUAUCCUGGAGUAUUUCAGAUUGCAUAGGGCAGAGUCGGCGACGACUUCCAUCAACAUAGAACGAGAUUUUCCUGACAUCCAGUACCCGUUCCGCUUCAAAGAUAUCGCCGGGAUCUUUGUCGUUCCUCUAUCACAUGCCGACAGCUUCUUUAUCUUCUUCCGCCGCGCCUUCCCUUCAAGCAAAACAAGCAUACCGAGUGCCACAAACUCAUCAUGUCGUAACGAUACCAUGCCACUUGCGCAGACAGAAGCCUCGCCGGAAACCGACCCAGAUCUUCUCAUUCGAACAUGCAAUCCUUGGACAGAAGCUGAUCUGCAAACCGCGCACGUUCUGCGUUUGGUUUCUGGGAACCUUCUUCACACGUGGGAAAAAGACGAUGCAAACCAUUUGAAGCGCUUGCUGAUAGAAAACUCGGCGCAUGAGCUUCGCACUCCUUUGAACGCCGUAAUCAACUAUCUCGAAAUAGCUAUGGAGGGCACUCUCGAACCCAUGAUAUGGGCAAAUUUGAAUAAGUCGUAUUCUGCUUCACAGUCUCUACUCGGCGCGACUAGCGCCUUACUUGCCGACUGGAAUAGUUAUUGA